AUGCGAGGACUGGAGGAGACAACUGUGGUGGUGAUGGUGGUGGUGGUGGUGGCCGUCACCCGCGCCCAGUGGGACCCCCACCUCACCAACGGUCAGGUUAUCGUUCACUUGUUCGAGUGGCGGUGGGAUGACAUAGCCGCUGAGUGCGAGAACUUCUUGGGGCCCAGAGGCUACGGCGGUGUUCAGGUGUCUCCCGUGACGGAGAAUGUUGUGGUGAAGAAGGAGGGCUGGACCCGCCCCUGGUGGGAGCGCUACCAGCCCGUCUCAUACACCAUCAUCACUCGCUCCGGUAACCUCACCUCCUUCACCGACAUGGUCAACCGCUGCAACAACGCUGGUGUGAGGAUUUAUGUGGACUGCGUCUUCAACCACAUGAGCGGGUGGUGGGCUGAGGGGACGCCUACCACCGGAGGAACAUCAUUUGACUAUGGCUCCGAGUCCUACCCCGGGGUCCCAUAUUCUGGCUUCGAUUUCAACGAUGCAAACUGCAACUCUUCCAAUGGCGGCAUUGAAAGCUAUGCAGACGCUAAACAGGUGCGCAACUGUAAGCUGUUAGGGAUGAACGACCUGAACCAGGGCAGCGCCUACGUCCGUGGCAAGAUCAGGGACUUCCUCAACUCCCUCCUCAGCUAUGGUGUGGCCGGCUUCCGCAUCGACGCCAGCAAGCACAUGUGGCCCGCCGACCUCAAGGCGAUCUUCGCCACCCUCAACGACCUCAGCACGGAGCACUUCAGCGCCGGACAACGAGCAUUCAUCUACCAGGAAGUCAUCGAUCUCGGUAAGGCCAGAAUUUUCCUAUUGGUUACUCUUCUACUUUCAGAUAUGAACAGGCUUUAA